AUGAUCUCUGUGCGUCUCUGUUUCUGUCUGUCUCUGUCUCUACCGAGUGGAUUGAUAAUGAAUCGGAAACGUAAGGCUAAUAAAGCUCAUCCUCCGGCUGUCAAGUCUUCUUCGUAUCAACUGCUACCUGGAACCAGUCUAUGUGCUUGCAGGGUGAAGGCGGAGUCUCCGGCGUCAGAUUCGGGGAGGGAUCAAACGGUUACAGAGUUAUCUUAUUUGUACUACUACUACUACUACUACUACUACUACUACUACUACUACUACUACUACUACUACUACUACUACUACUACUACUACUACUACUACUACUACUACUACUACUACUACUACUACUAA